GCCGUUGGUAUGCUGCUAAGCGCUAAGCACUUUUGGCGGCGUCAAUGGUGUGCUCUUCACUUCGGCGCGUCGAUUUGCGACCGGUGCACAAGAAGGACAUUUACCAAAAUUCUUCAUGCUAUUCCACAUUAAACAGCAAACGCCCAUACCAUCGCUGAUAUUUUCGUGCAUCACAUCACUGCUGACUUUACUCACUGCCGAUGUUUACAUUCUGAUCAACUACUUUAGCGCCAUGUUGUGGCUAUCAGUGGUGGUCAGCAUUGCUGGCAUGCUUUGGUUGCGACACUCCAAGCCCAACAUUCCGCGGCCCAUCAAAGUGCACCUGGCACUGCCUCUAAUUUUCAUAAUAUGCUGUCUGACUCUGGUGCUUUUGCCCAGCUUUACAAAUCCCAUGAAUCUCAUUGUCGGUAUCGGCAUAACGGUAGCUGGCAUACCCUUUUAUUACUUGUGUAUAGUGCGAAGAAACAAACCAGCUUGCUAUAGUAAACUCUCACGUGGUAUGGUGACUUUAUGUAGGGCUAUGUUCAAUACAGAGAUCAUUGAGAGUAGUGAAAAAAUUGAUAAGUGAAAGGCUCGAAAGCAAAAUGUAAUCGUAGUUAAUGAAAGCUAGCGACAAAUCCGAUAUUUUAAAAGGCAAUGUAUUAAACUUAAGCGCAGAAUUUCAGAGGAAUGGUAUUGUAUUUAUAUCAUAGGAAUAUUUUUUUUUUAUUCUAAGUUUACUUCAUGCACUAAAUACUUACUUACAUAACUCAUUAAUACUUAACACAAACAUAUUUUGAAUAGAUAUAUGUACAGGAAUGGGCAAAAAUGGUCGAAUGAUGUUUACAUUUAAAUAUUUAUUCAAAAUGUUU